GCUUCACGUAAAGAAUUACUCUGCAACACCUUUCCAUCUUUCAGAACUUGAUUUCGAAAGAGGAAAGAAUCGGAGAUGAGGAAGACCGGUGAUGUUUCCGAUCCACGUUCGAGGCUCAAGUGGGAUGUAUUCCUCAGUUUCCAAAGAGACACGCGCCACAAAUUCACAGAGCGUCUCUAUGAAGUGCUCGUCAAGGAACAUGUCCGGGUUUGGAACGGUGUUGUGGAACUUGGGAAUCAUGAUGAACUCGGUGAAAGUCGACUGGAGGAGGCUAUGGAGGACUCGGUCGCUUCACUAGUCGUCUUAUCUCCUAACUAUGCUAAAUCUCACCGCUGCCUUGAAGAAUUAGCCAAGAUCUGCGAUCUGAAAACGUCGCUUGGUCUGGUGGUGUUACCUAUCUUUUACGAGGUUGAACCCUGGAUUUUUAGGAAACAGAACGGUCCUUUCGAGAUGGAUUUUGAAGAGCCCUCGAAAAGAUUCAGCGUAGAGAAGAUACAGCGAUGGAAGAGAGCCAUGAAUGUAGUCGGAAAUAUCUCCGGAUUUGUUUUCAGAGAAGACUCGGUUGAUGAUGACAUGAUUGGGCUUGUGGUGAAGAGGGUUUUAGCUGAAGUGAGCAAUACACCAGAGACAGUGGGAGAAUACACUGUUGGGCUGGAAUCACGUGUCAAGGAUUUGAUGGAUGCGUUUGAUGUUGAAUCCAGUUCUGGCGUUCAAGUCCUGGGGCUUUACGGUAUGGGUGGUAUUGGGAAGACGACUCUUUCAAAAGCUUUCUAUAACAAGAUCAUUAGGAACUUCAGUCGCCGAGUUUUCAUCAAAAAUGUUAGAGAAAGAUCAUCGGACCAAGACGGCAUUGUCAAUCUACAAAAAGAGUUUAUCAAUGUACUUACUUCUUCGGCACCUCAAAUAGAAGAUGUUGACAGAGGACGAGAGAAGAUCAAAGAACAUGUUCCUGAGAAGAAGAUCCUUGCUGUUUUAGAUGAUGUUGAUAACAUAGACCAGGUUGAUGCGCUGGUUGGUGAAACAGGAUGGUAUGGUGAAGGAAGUCUUAUAGUCAUCACUACCAGAGAUGAAGAGAUUUUGAGUAGGCUCUCAGUGAACCAACAGUAUGAGGUCAAGUGCUUGACUGAGGAGCAGGCAUUGAAGCUGUUUAGUUAUCAUUCACUACGAAAGGAAAAACCAACAGAUAGUUUACUGGACUUGUCUAAGAAGAUUGUCCAGAUAUCUGGAUUCUUGCCACUGGCUGUUGAAGUGUUUGGUUCUCUUUUGUAUGACAAGAAGGAAGUAAAGGAAUGGCAAAUUCAACUGGAGAAGCUGAAAAAUACCCAACCAAGUAAUCUUCAGGAUGUGUUGGCCCUGAGUUACGAUUCUUUAGACGAUGAAGAAAAGAAAGUAUUCCUCGACAUUGCGUGUCUCUUUCUCAGAAUGACAAUUUCAAAAGAAGAAAUUGUCGAGGUACUGAACGGAUGUGGGUUUAACGCUGAGGCUGCUCUCAGUGUCCUAAGACAGAAAUCUCUUGUUAAGAUCUUUGCAGACGAUACUCUUUGGAUGCAUGAUCAGAUUAGAGACAUGGGUAGGCAAAUGGACCUUACAGAAAUUCCUGGGGAUCCUAGAAUGCGAAGUAGAUUCUGGGAUCGUUCUGAAAUUAUGACCUUAUUGAACAAUAUGAAGGGAACAUCAUCCAUCCAAGGAAUCGUAUUUGACUUCAGAAAGAAGUCUGCUUGGGACCCGACUGCAGAGGAUAUUGCGUUGAGGAAUCUGCAGAGCAAUCCGGGCAUCAAAUCUCUGUAUAGUUACCUGAAGAAUAAAUUUAUAUCAUCUCAAGAAGAGGAAAAGCCAAAAUGUUAUGAAAGCACCAUUCGGGUAGAGCCUUUCGUACCAAUGAAUAAGUUGAGACUUCUUCAGAUUAAUCAUGUGAACCUGGAAGGAAAUCUAAAACUCCUCCCAUCUGAACUCAAGUGGAUACAGUGGAAAGGUUGCCCAUUAGAAAAUCUCCCACCGAAUUUUCUUGCUGGGCAACUUGCUGUUCUUGAUCUUUCAGAGAGUAGAAUAAGACGAAUCCAGAGUAUGCGUAGCAAAGGGGUUGAUGAGAACUUGAAGGUUUUAAAUUUGCGUGGCUGCCACAGCUUAGAAGCCGUUCCUGAUUUGUCAAACCAUAAAGCCUUAGAGAAGCUUGUUCUUGAGCGAUGCAACCUCCUGGUGAGGGUUCCUAGAUCAGUUGGUAAUCUAAAAACAUUACUUCAGCUAGACCUCAGAAACUGUUCAAAUCUUUCUGAAUUUCUUGUGGAUGUUUCUGGGCUGAAGCGUCUUGAAAAACUUUUCCUCUCUGGCUGUUCAAAUCUGAUUGUGUUACCAGAAAACAUUGGUGCUAUGCCAUGUUUGAAAGAGCUCCUUCUUGAUGGAACUGCAAUAAAGAAGUUACCAGAAUCCAUUUACCGCCUCGAAAAUCUUGAAAAGCUUAGUCUAAAGAAUUGCAGAUCUAUUAAAGAGCUACCUUUGUGCAUAGGAACAUUGACAUCGCUGGAAGAGUUAUAUCUUGAUGGUACUUCAUUGCAAAAUCUUCCGACUUCUAUUGGAUAUCUAAAAAAUCUCCAGAAGCUACAUCUGAUGCAUUGUGCAUCCCUUUCUAAGAUACCUGACACUGUCAAUGAGCUCAAAUUGUUGAAGGAAUUAUUUGUCAAUGGAAGCGCAGUGGAAGAGCUACCUCUAAACCCUGGCUCACUGCAAUGUCUGUCUGACUUCUCAGCAGGAGGUUGCAAUCUUCUGAAACAGAUUCCGAGUUCAAUUGGUGGUUUAAAUUCUCUUCUUCAGAUACAGUUGGAUAGGACUCCGAUUGAAACUCUACCAGAGGAGAUUGGUGCCCUGCACUUUAUUCGCAAACUUGAGUUGAGAAACUGUAAAUCCCUGAAGUUUCUACCUGAAUCAAUCAGAGAUAUGGACACACUCCAUAGCUUAUAUCUUGAAGGCUCUAACAUUGAGAAAUUACCGGAAGAUUUUGGCAAGCUGGAAAACCUAGUCGUACUCCGAAUGAACAACUGUAAAAAGCUUAAGAGGCUUCCUGAGUCAUUUGGAGACUUGAAAUCUCUUCACCAUCUGUCUAUGCAGGAAACUUCGGUGACAAAGUUGCCAGAAAGUUUUGGGAACCUUUCAAAUCUAAGGGUAUUGAAGAUGUUAAAGAAGCCUCUUUUUAGAAGUUGUGAAAGUGAAGAACCUCAUUUUGUGGAAGUACCAAAUUCGUUCUCAAACCUCUUGUUGCUUGAGGAAAUGGAUGCUCGUAGUUGUGGAAUAGCCGGUAAAAUCCCAGAUGUUGUUGAGAAGAUGUCGUCUGUGAAAAUACUGAAUCUCGGGAAUAAUUAUUUUCACAGCCUUCCAUCUAGCCUCAAGGGGUUAUCAAAUCUCAAAAACCUUUUAUUGUAUGACUGCCGAGAGCUCAAGUGUCUCCCUCCUCUUCCGUGGAAACUGGAGCAGCUAAGUCUGGCAAACUGCUUUUCGUUGGAAAGUAUAUCCGACUUGUCCAACCUUAAGGUAUUGUAUGAGCUCAAUCUCACAAACUGUGAGAAAGUGAUUGAUAUUCCAGGCCUAGAGCACUUGACCGCUCUGAUAAGAUUAUACAUGAGUGGCUGUAACUCCACAUUCUCCCUUGCAGUAAAGAAAAGACUCUCCAAGGCUUCUUUGAAAUUGCUGAGGAAUCUGAGCUUGCCUGGAAAUAGAAUCCCGGACUGGUUCUCACAAGGCCCUCUCACGUUUUCAGCUCAACCAAACAGAGAGCUAAGAGGAGUAGUCCUUGCUGUUGUUGUGGCUCUUAAGCAGGAAACGGAAGAUGACUACCAGCUGCCUGAUGUGUUGGAGGUUCAAGCCCAAAUUCUCAAACUUGGCCUAGCCUUAUACACCCACACAUUGCACCUCUCUGGAGUUCCUAGAACAAGUAAUGAUCAACUCCACAUCUGCCGUUACUCAGNUCUGUCUGACUUCUCAGCAGGAGGUUGCAAUCUUCUGAAACAGAUUCCGAGUUCAAUUGGUGGUUUAAAUUCUCUUCUUCAGAUACAGUUGGAUAGGACUCCGAUUGAAACUCUACCAGAGGAGAUUGGUGCCCUGCACUUUAUUCGCAAACUUGAGUUGAGAAACUGUAAAUCCCUGAAGUUUCUACCUGAAUCAAUCAGAGAUAUGGACACACUCCAUAGCUUAUAUCUUGAAGGCUCUAACAUUGAGAAAUUACCGGAAGAUUUUGGCAAGCUGGAAAACCUAGUCGUACUCCGAAUGAACAACUGUAAAAAGCUUAAGAGGCUUCCUGAGUCAUUUGGAGACUUGAAAUCUCUUCACCAUCUGUCUAUGCAGGAAACUUCGGUGACAAAGUUGCCAGAAAGUUUUGGGAACCUUUCAAAUCUAAGGGUAUUGAAGAUGUUAAAGAAGCCUCUUUUUAGAAGUUGUGAAAGUGAAGAACCUCAUUUUGUGGAAGUACCAAAUUCGUUCUCAAACCUCUUGUUGCUUGAGGAAAUGGAUGCUCGUAGUUGUGGAAUAGCCGGUAAAAUCCCAGAUGUUGUUGAGAAGAUGUCGUCUGUGAAAAUACUGAAUCUCGGGAAUAAUUAUUUUCACAGCCUUCCAUCUAGCCUCAAGGGGUUAUCAAAUCUCAAAAACCUUUUAUUGUAUGACUGCCGAGAGCUCAAGUGUCUCCCUCCUCUUCCGUGGAAACUGGAGCAGCUAAGUCUGGCAAACUGCUUUUCGUUGGAAAGUAUAUCCGACUUGUCCAACCUUAAGGUAUUGUAUGAGCUCAAUCUCACAAACUGUGAGAAAGUGAUUGAUAUUCCAGGCCUAGAGCACUUGACCGCUCUGAUAAGAUUAUACAUGAGUGGCUGUAACUCCACAUUCUCCCUUGCAGUAAAGAAAAGACUCUCCAAGGCUUCUUUGAAAUUGCUGAGGAAUCUGAGCUUGCCUGGAAAUAGAAUCCCGGACUGGUUCUCACAAGGCCCUCUCACGUUUUCAGCUCAACCAAACAGAGAGCUAAGAGGAGUAGUCCUUGCUGUUGUUGUGGCUCUUAAGCAGGAAACGGAAGAUGACUACCAGCUGCCUGAUGUGUUGGAGGUUCAAGCCCAAAUUCUCAAACUUGGCCUAGCCUUAUACACCCACACAUUGCACCUCUCUGGAGUUCCUAGAACAAGUAAUGAUCAACUCCACAUCUGCCGUUACUCAGCUUUGCACCCAUUGGUUAUGACGAUAAAAAACGGGUAUACCAUCCAAGUGAUCAAAAGGCAACCGCCAAUCAAACAAGGCGUGGAGUUAAAGAUGCAUGGGAUCCAUCUGGUUUACGAAGGGGAUGAUGAUUUUAAAGGCGAAGAACAUUUAUUAACCGAGUCACAGCUAACCGUCUCUCAGAAGCUUGCCAACUUUUUCAGAUCUUUCGACGAAGGUGAAGGAUCUACUGUUACAUGAUCUGCCACCCACAAAGAAGUUAUCAA